UUCAAUGUAAUAGAGUAAAUAAAUCCUAAUUCAAAUAGGAAAAGGAAAACAUUUAAAAACUCUUUCUUCUUCAUAACAUGAUUUGCAUCAUAAUCUCAGUCUACCAGAGGUCUUAAGGGCCACUUAUGAGGCAAUCUGCAUGUCUUUUAAUUCAGUUUGAAUAAAUAUCAAAAGUUAUCUUAGUCCUAAACAGCAUUAAAUAUAAAUUUUAAUUAUUAUCAUUGUUGUGUGAUUUCACCCAAUGACCCCCCAUCAUAAUUAUUGCUUUUCAUAUUCCUUUUUUUUUUUUUUUUUUUUGGCUAUUGUGGAAAUAUUUUGUCGACAAGAAGUUAAAUAAGAAUUGCUUCAUGUUGUUUGCUAGAGAACUUACUAUGGAUUGGGGUGAUAAUUCUGAAUAUUGGAUAUGGACCUAUGACAAAGAUGCAAGUGGUGAAGACAUUGAAGUGGCUGAGCUAUUAAAAGUAUGUUGGUUAAAAAUUACAGGGAUGAUUUGGACGGUUAAUCUCUCACCAGGAACUUUGUAUGAAAUUAUAUUUGUUGUAAAGGUCAAAGAAGGCAGCAAUAUAUCGAAUUUCUCGCUGAACCUUACUAUCAUUCCCCGACAUUUAGAACAGAUAAGACGCCAUCACAGUUUGGAAGAAGACGCUUUAGGAAAUUGGAUUGAAAUUCAGGUGGGUGAGUUUAAAAUGUCACCAGAAAUGGUUGGAAACAUGAUAUUCCAUCUAGAAGAAAUCAGUCCGGAAUGGAAGCACGGUCUUCUUGUAAAAUGUGCUAUCAUUCGAUUGAAGAACUAGUUGCCACUUGGUAUGUAAUCAUUAUCCAUGUGUCGAACACAAGCAAAUUGCUCCUCCGGCUACUUUGAUCAAAGAGUUCUAUUCGAACCUUUUUGUCCACUUCUGUGAUUCCAACACUCUUGACAACUCCAGGCUGACAUCACCCGUGACGUCAUCUGUGCCACGUCAGCCCUAGCUUACGUAAGCAUCCAGUCAUCAGUUGACAUCAGAGUCACGUCAUCUUGCUGUUGUCAUAUCCGCUGACUGUUAACUGGGUUGACUUUGGUUGUUGACUAGACCGUUGACUUUGACCGAGCCCUUGACUUUUUCCUAGGGUUGACUUUUGUUGUCAAGGUUCUUCUUACUCAGUUUUUCGCGUAGAUUUCAUUUUUGCAGUUUGUUUUUGUAUAUUAUGUCUCUAAAUGUAAAAUGAUAUUUUUCUUCCUUGCCCCAUCAAUACUAUAUUGGAAGGGAAUAAAAAUUACUUAUCUUGUUCUCAA